AUGGAGGAUCCCAUCCAGCUGAAAGAGGAGGGCAAUAAGUAUUUUCAGGCCAAUGACUACGAGAAAGCUGUUCAAAGCUACACUCAAGCCAUAAAGCUCAACAAGGACAAGGCGCUGCAGGCAGUGCUGUACAGGAACAGGGCAGCGUGUUUCCUCAAGAAGGAGGAAUAUGCCAAGGCAGCCUCAGAUGCAUCUAGAGUUAUUGACAUCAAUUCCUCGGAUAUCAAAGCCUUGUACCGGCGCAGCCAAGCUCUGGAAAAACUGGGGAAGUUGGACCAAGCAUUCAAAGAUGCUCAGAAAUGUGCCACCCUUGAACCCCGCAACAAAAACUUCCAGGAGACCUUGAGGCGACUGGGAGCCAACAUCCAGGAGAAGCUGCGCAUUCAGUUCUCCACAGACUUGAGGGUGCAGAAGAUGUUUGAAAUCCUGCUGGAUGAGAACAGCGACAAAGAAAAGCGGGAAAAGGCUGCAAACAACCUCAUAAUCCUGGGACGGGAGGAAGCGGGUGCUGAGAGGAUCUUCCAGAACAACGGGGUCAGCCUGCUGCUGCAGCUGAUAGAAACCAAGAAUCCUGAGCUGGUCCUGGCAGCCGUGAGGACGCUCUCGGAAAUGUGCACAGGGCACAAGGCUCGGGCCACUGCCAUUCUCCAUCACCUGGGCAUUGACAACAUUUGUAUGUGGAUGUCUGUGGACAACGAAGAGAUCUCCCUGGCUGCCUGCAGCCUCCUGCAGGCCAUCACCGACUGCUUGCUGGGCCAGGGGAAAGAGGAGCAUCACGGGAAGGAGGAGGCUGUAGUGCUCGAUACUAAAAAAGACUUGAGGAUGAUCACAAUGCGUUUGCUGGAUAUGUUGGUCAGCAAGAAAGUAUCUGGGCAAGGGCGAGACCGAGCUCUCAACCUCCUCAACAAGAAUAUACCAAGGAAGGACCUGAAAGACCAUGACAACAGCAGGACCAUCUUUGUCAUCGACAAUGGCUUAAAAAAGAUCCUGAAAGUGGUGGGCCAGAUUCCUGAGCUGCCUGACUGCCUGCCGCUGACAGAGAACACCCAGCUGAGCGCCUCUGUGCUCCUAAAUAAGCUCUACGAUGACCUGCGCUGUGACCCGGAGCGGGACAACUACCGAGUGAUCUGCGAGGAGUACAUCAAGAGCAAAGUUGACCCACAGGACAUGGAUAAAACACUCCAUGCCAUCCAGAUGGUGUCUGGAGUUCUGCAAGGGCCCUUUGACUUGGGCAAUAAGCUGCUUGGCAUGAAAGGAGUCAUGGAGAUGAUGGUGGCCCUGUGUGGGUCCGAGAGAGAGAUUGACCAGCUGGUGGCUGUGGAAGCCCUCAUCCAUGCCUCCACCAAGCUGAGCCGGGCCACCUUCAUCAUCUCCAAUGGGGUGGCGCUCCUGAAGGAGAUCUACAAGAAGACCAAGAAUGAGAAGAUCAAAAUCCGAGCCCUGGUGGGUCUCUGCAAGCUGGGCUCAGCAGGAGGUACCGAUUAUGGACUGCGGCAGUUUGCUGAGGGGUCCACUGAGAAGUUAGCCAAGCAGUGCAGGAAAUGGUUGUGCAAUGCCAGCAUUGAUGUCCGCACAAGGAGAUGGGCUGUGGAAGGGAUGUCAUAUCUAACCCUUGAUGCGGAUGUGAAAGAUGACUUUGUUGAAGAUGAGCCAGCUCUGCAAGCUAUGUUUGAAUUAGCCAAGACAAGUGACAAGACUAUCUUGUAUUCUGUGGCUUCUGUGCUGGUGAACUGUACCAACAGCUAUGACACCACGGAGCUGGUCCCAGAGCUGGUGCAACUGGCAAAGUUCUCCAAGCAGCACGUGCCUGAGGAGCAUCCGAAGGACAAGAAGGAUUUUGUGGUGAAGCGGGUGAAGCGGUUGCUGAAAGCUGGUGUUGUCUCUGCCCUGGCCUGCAUGGUUAAGGCAGACAGUGCCAUACUGACAGACCAGAGCAAAGAGCUCAUCGCCAGGGUGUUUCUUGCCUUGUGUGAAGACCCCAAGGACCGUGGGACCAUUGUCGCUGAAGGUGGUGGAAAGGCCCUGAUACCUCUGGCUCUGGAAGGCACAGAAGUUGGCAAGAUAAAAGCUUCUCAUGCUCUAGCAAAAAUUGCUGCUAUCUCCAAUCCAGACAUGGCAUUCCCAGGGGAGAGGGUGUACGAGGUGGUGAGGCCCCUUGUCAGCCUGCUGAACACAGAGAGAGAUGGCCUGCAGAACUAUGAGGCUCUGUUAGGUCUCACUAACUUUUCAGGAAGAAGUGAUAAACUUCGGACGAAGAUAGUCAAAGAGAAGGCCCUGCCAGAUAUUGAAAACUACAUGUUUGAGAAUCAUGACCAACUUCGACAGGCAGCCACGGAGUGCAUGUGCAACCUGGUGGUCAACAAGGAGGUUCAAGAGCGGUUUGUGGCAGAUGGAAAUGACCGGCUGAAGUUGGUGGUGUUACUGUGUGGUGAGGAUGAUGAGAAAGUCCAGGUUGCAGCAGCAGGAGCCCUGGCCAUGCUUACAGCAGCACAAAAGAAGCUCUGCUCUAAAAUGACUGAAGUGACCACCCAGUGGCUUGAAAUCCUGCAGAGGCUCUGCCUGCAUGAUAACAUGGAAGUACAGCACCGAGGACUGGUCGUUGCUUUCAACUUAAUCAAUGCUGACAAAGACCUAGCGAAGAAGCUGGUGGAGACGGAGCUCCUAGAGAUCCUGACAUACAUCGGCAAGCAAGAAGACGCCAAGAAGCAGCACAUCAUUAACGUAGCACACGAUUGCCUCACGAGGUGCAUGGAUUAUGGGCUCAUCAAACCCCUCUCUCAGGCAUGAGGAAAUUAAAAACACCAAGAAAGACUGAAUGUAGGGGGGAAGAAAGCUACUGAGAAAUAUGUAACAGUGAGAGCCAUGAGGGAAAUCUAAUGCCAUUGUUAAGGCAUGGAGUCAUUUGGGGACAAUUUUGGAAGAUCAGAAACAAUAUGAGGAAAAGGGAGACUGGGAAUCUUGGAAAGUGUCCAUCUGAGUAACCCAGAUGGUGUUAAACCCUUUUUGCCCCCAUUCAGCUGACAAUGAUGAAAGCUUCAAGGCCCAGCUGUAAAAGAGUCAGUUGUGUUGCGAAUGCACUGGGGACUGUUGAGGGAAACUCAAUUGAGCUGAAAUCUGUCCUGCAACCAUCUACAGCUCCUGGUAAUUGUGGAAUUCCUUGCAAUGGUGGAACAGGGAGGGUUAAAUGCCUUCUAUGCUGUAGUCAGAAAAUAGGUUGGGUUUUAGCUGUGUGCUUUGUUAAUUUAUGGUAAUUUUAAACAGCCGUAAGUGGUGUGACAAAGUGUGAGGAUGGUGGGUGAACUCCUAAUAAAUUCACUUCUUUGUUCCAUGUGGAA